AUGGCUUCCAAGAUCCCCCCUCCACAGAUCCCACCGCCAAAGCCGCCGUCACCCCUAUUUGAUGUGUUGACGACUACGGCGGAUGACCUUCCCAAGCGUCUCGAGGCAGGAACCAUCACCAGCCUGGAGAUUGUAGAGUCGUAUCUCUCGCAUAUCGAGGCACACAACACCACAGGCGCGAAAUGCAGGGCCGUCAUCUCUACCCCUCCCAGAUUUCAGCUUAUCGCCUGGGCUGCUCAGCUCGAUGAAGAACGCCGACGAGGGGACGUGAAGGGCCCUCUUCACGGAAUACUCAUUCUACUCAAGGACAACAUUGCUACUGACCCGUCUCUCUGGAUGCCAACUACCGUUGGAUCCUAUGCUCUCUGGGACUCCUGCCCAACGGGCAAUGGCCCAGUCGUCGAAAAUUUGAUCAACUGCGGCCUCAUCAUUCUUGGGAAGGCCAACAUGACGGAGUUCGUGGGAAUGAAAGGCGUGAGUGGGUGGUCUGCCGUUGGGGGGAUGUGCGAACCUGCGUAUAUCCCUACUGGUUACAAGAUCGGAGAGAAACCCCGCGGUGAAACUACACCUGCCGGCUCUUCGACUGGAUCUGCAGUGGGCGUCGCCUCUGGGUUCGCCCAAAUCUCUGUGGGAACCGAGACCUCUGGGUCCAUGGUAUCUCCCGCUGCUGUUGCAGCUCUAUAUGCACUCAAGCUCACACCAGGCUCCAUCCCGAUGACUGGGGUUAUGGAAUUGACUGCUUGCUUUGACACGCUAGGCGCUUUUGGCAAAUCAGCAUUGGAUGUAGCUCUCGCCUGUGAUGCUCUUCUAGCCUCACACAGCGGUACGAGUCUAGCCUCGUCCGUGUCAUCUAUGAGGCUUGAGGACGUUUCAGUGGGUUUCGUUGACAUCGAAAAGUGGAGGUUGCCCGCCGGUACUCAGGUUGACGAUCCGAAGCACUUUGAGCAAACCGCCCGAGAGUAUCAGCAAGCAAAGGACACGCUGCGACAGAGUGGUGUCAAGGUUGUCGACGCAUACAUCAUCCCUCCAGAGGAGUACAUGAUAGGUGACACAAACGUCGAUGAUUUGAUGGACAAGAUCAUUAGAUGCCAAGGAAAGAAUGGUAUCGAGCGCUACCUCAAAGCCCUCAAAUUCUCCAAGGUCGGAACUUUGGAGCAGAUCCUCCAGUUCAAUGAAGACCACGCCGAAGUUGAGCUUGACAAAGGCUACUGUCCGAACCAAGGCAGGCUCUCGGGGCUCGUCACGGAAUCGAAGCCGGAUGAGGAGGUUUCGGAGUGGCUCGAGGAGUGUAAGCGCUGGGCAGCCACGGAAGGAAUCGACAAAGUCACUUCAGAGCAAGGUGUGGAUGUUGUCGUGUGUUGCUCAGACAGCUACUUUGCAGGCGUCUCAGUGGCAGCACGUGAGUGCAACACAUCCCCUCCACUAAGCAAGUUCUGA